AUGGAUAGAGAACAAGAGCAAAUGCAAUUUUUAGGCCUCUUUGGCAUCUUCAAAGAAAGCUACAAAAUCAUCAUCUCAUGGAGAAACAUCUUCACCCAAAUCACCCUAGCCCUCAUCCUUCCUCUAACCUUCAUCUUCCUAGCACAUCUCGAUAUCUCGAAUUCACUAUUUCAACACAUCGAACAUACAGAAUUCGAAAAGCAUUUCACACGUCCUGGUACAAAAAGAUACACCAAUCUAUCUAACACGCUCUCAUCCGAAUUGAUUACCUUUUUGCUCUUCAAAGUCGCGUACAUCGCUAUCUUUCUCAUCCUAUCCCUUCUAUCCACAGCCGCAGUCGUCUACACGAUUGCAUCUAUCUACACAGGACGCGAGUUGACUUUUAAGACUGUCAUGAGCGUCGUCCCAAAAGUUUGGAAAAAACUCAUUAUCACCUUAUUAUGCGUAUUUGCAGCCUUUUUUGUUUACAACUUCUUAGCCAUAUUGAUCAUACUAUCUUCUUUAAUUUUGCUUCCUCAUCCUUUCGGGAUCAUCCUUGUUUAUGUGCUCUUGAUUGUAUACUUCAUUGGAUCGGUGUACAUGACCGUUUGUUGGCAACUAGCAAGCGUUGUCUCGGUUCUUGAGAGUUCAUACGGGUUUCAAGCUAUGACAAAGAGCAAGAAUCUGAUCAAGGGAAACCAAAUAGUGGCUAUUUCAGUUUCCUUUUUGUUGGGUUUGUCAUAUUUUAUCAUAAAGUUAGUAUUCGAGUUGUUUGUUGUGCAUGGAAGCUCUUUGAAAGUAUGGAAGAGGGUAGGGUUUGGUGCUUUGUGUUCCAUAUUGCUUUUGUUUAUCUUUCUCUUUGGGCUUGUGAUCCAUACGGUAUUGUAUCUCAUUUGCAAAUCGUAUCAUCACGAAAACAUCGAUAAAGGAGAUUUGUCGAAUCAUCUCGAAAGUUAUCUUGGUGAUUAUGAGCCUUUGAUUGGGAAAGAUGUUCAACUGGAGCAAUAUCAAGUCUGA